CAGAACUACAUUUUAAGGAGCAAACAUUUAUUAAUUCAAGCACAGUGUGGAAACGUUGCGAGGGGACAAGAUCGGUAACGUGGAGCCCACGGAUCCACGGACUGGUCAUUCACCUUCAGCCGUUUACAAAUCCACCUGUUCAUUUAACAAUUAAUAAUGUUGAAAGUGACAUUAGGCCUCGCUCUGGUGACUCUGGUUGCUUGCUCGCAGUACCCCAACAAUGAAGUGUGUGAGGCAGGCCAGACAUGCUGCCAGGAUCUCACCGGAGAGUUCAGCUGCUGCCCUUUCCAUCACGGAGAGUGUUGUGAGGACCACCUGCACUGCUGUCCUGAAGACAUGUUGUGCAGUGUUAUGGACUCCAUGUGUAUAAACGCCACACAUACACUGCUGUUUGUGGAGAGGAUACCGGCUAAACGGACAGACCUUCCCAAAUCGUUCAGAAUGAUUCCCUCAUUACCUGCAAGUGAAGACGACAUCACCUGUCCUGAUGGCUCCUUCUGUCCUGCUGAGUUCUCCUGUCUGCUGAUGGCUUCAUCAUAUGGGUGCUGUCCUGUAGCACAGGGCCUUGUGUGCUCAGACGGGAAACACUGCUGCCCAAAAGACCAUGAAUGCAGUGCAGACAGCAGUUCCUGUGUCAAACUAAAAGAACCAGUCAAGGCUGUUCUUUGUGGAAAUGGGACCUCAGAGUGUCCCGUAGACACCACAUGUUGUGAGACAGAAGAUGGUCAGUGGGCGUGCUGCCCUAUGCCAAAGGCUGUAUGUUGUGACGAUAAAAUCCACUGUUGUCCAGAGGACAGUGUCUGUGAUGUUGAAGGCUCCAAAUGUAUGUCCUCCACCAAUCAGGAGCUGCCUAUGUGGGCCAAAUUGCCUGCACGUCUUAGAGCUGAAUGGGAAGAUCACAAAUCUGCAGAAAUGAGGACUGAAGCUGAGCUCACUACAACCAGACAACUCACUACUGCUGGCAAGCAAAUGACUACAUUGCCUGGUGCACUACCAAAGACCUCUGAUGUUCCCUGCGAUGACACUGCGGCUUGUCCUGAUGGAACCACAUGCUGCAAGACUAAAGAAGGAGGAUGGGCCUGCUGUCCUCUGCCAGAGGCUGUUUGUUGUGACGACUUCAUCCACUGCUGUCCUCAUGGUAAGAAGUGUAACGUUGCUGCUGGGACGUGUGAGGACCCUUCAUGUUCUGGUGUGCCCUGGGUGGAACAGGUGCCUGUGCAGCCAAUCAUCAGUCAAGACAAACAAACCUCUGAUGUUCCCUGCAAUGACACUGCGGCCUGUCCUGAUGGAACCACAUGCUGUAAGACUAAAGAAGGAGGAUGGGCCUGCUGUCCUCUGCCAGAGGCCGUGUGUUGUGACGACUUCAUCCACUGCUGUCCUCACGGUACGACAUGUAACGUUGCUGCUGGGUCUUGUGACGAACCUUCAGGCUCUAAGCCUUGGUUCGAGAAGCUGCCUGUCAAACCGAUCAGCAGUCAGAAUGUGGCUGUUACACAAGUGCAUUCAGAUGUUCCCUGCAAUGACACUGUGGCCUGUCCUGAUGGAACCACAUGCUGCAAGACUAAAGAAGGAGGAUGGGCCUGCUGUCCUCUGCCAGAGGCCGUGUGUUGUGACGACUUCAUCCACUGCUGUCCUCACGGUACGACAUGUAACGUUGCUGCUGGGUCUUGUGACGAACUUUCAGGCUCUAAGCCUUGGUUCAAGAAGCUGCCCGUCAAACCGAUCAGCAGUCAGAAUGUGGCUGUUACACAAGUGCAUUCAGAUGUUCCCUGCAAUGACACUGCGGCCUGUCCUGAUGGAACCACAUGCUGCAAGACUAAAGAAGGAGGAUGGGCCUGCUGUCCUCUGCCAGAGGCUGUUUGUUGUGACGACUUCAUCCACUGCUGUCCUCAUGGUAAGAAGUGUAACGUUGCUGCUGGGACGUGUGAGGACCCUUCAUGUUCUGGUGUGCCCUGGGUGGAACAGGUGCCUGUGCAGCCAAUCAUCAGUCAAGACAAACAAACCUCUGAUGUUCCCUGCAAUGACACUGCGGCCUGUCCUGAUGGAACCACAUGCUGUAAGACUAAAGAAGGAGGAUGGGCCUGCUGUCCUCUGCCAGAGGCCGUGUGUUGUGACGACUUCAUCCACUGCUGUCCUCACGGUACGACAUGUAACGUUGCUGCUGGGUCUUGUGACGAACUUUCAGGCUCUAAGCCUUGGUUCAAGAAGCUGCCCGUCAAACCGAUCAGCAGUCAGAAUGUGGCUGUUACACAAGUGCAUUCAGAUGUUCCCUGCAAUGACACUGUGGCCUGUCCUGAUGGAACCACAUGCUGCAAGACUAAAGAAGGAGGAUGGGCCUGCUGUCCUCUGCCAGAGGCCGUUUGUUGUGAAGACUUCAUCCACUGCUGUCCUCAUGGUAAGAAAUGUAACGUUGCUGCUGGGACUUGUGAGGACCCUUCAUGUUCUGGUGUGCCCUGGGUGGAACAGGUGCCUGUGCAGCCAAUUAUCAGUCAAGACAAACAAACCUCUGAUGUUCCCUGCAAUGACACUGCGGCCUGUCCUGAUGGAACCACAUGCUGUAAGACUAAAGAAGGAGGAUGGGCCUGCUGUCCUCUGCCAGAGGCUGUGAGUUGUGAUGACUUUGUCCACUGCUGUCCUCACGGUACGACAUGUAACGUUGCUGCUGGGUCUUGUGACGAACCUUCAGGCUCUAAGCCUUGGUUCGAGAAGCUGCCUGUCAAACCGAUCAGCAGUCAGAAUGUGGCUGUUACACAAGUUUCUUCAAUGCAUUCAGACGUUUCCUGUGAUGGCACCACAUCUUGUCCAGAUGGAACCACAUGCUGUAAGACUCAAGAAGGAGGAUGGGCCUGCUGUCCUCUGCCAGAGGCCGUGUGUUGUGAUGACUUUGUCCACUGCUGUCCUCACGGUACGACAUGUAACGUUGCUGCUGGGUCUUGUGACGAACCUUCAGGCUCUAAGUCUUGGUUCGAGAAGCUGCCUGUCAAACCGAUCAGCAGUCAGAAUGUGACUGUUACACAAGUGUCUUCAAUGCAUUCAGAUGUUUCCUGUGAUGGCACCACAUCUUGUCCAGAUGGAACCACAUGCUGUAAGACUCAAGAAGGAGGAUGGGCCUGCUGUCCUCUGCCAGAGGCUGUGUGUUGUGAUGACUUUGUCCACUGCUGUCCUCACGGUACGACAUGUAACGUUGCUGCUGGGUCUUGUGACGAACCUUCAGGCUCUAAGCCUUGGUUCGAGAAGCUGCCUGCUCUCCCUAGAGCAGGUCAAAAGUCACCUGGGAACGUGAACUGCGACUCUAGUCACGUUUGUCCUGAUUCCAACACUUGCUGUAAGAACAUUGAUGGAGACUGGGGCUGCUGUCCUUUGCCUGAGGCUGUAUGUUGCACAGAUGGGGAACACUGUUGUCCGGCUAACUAUGAGUGUGAUGUGACCAGGGUGUCUUGCAUCAGGGGAGAUGUGGUGAUCCCCUGGUACAAUAACAUUUCUGUUCAAAGCACACCGGCUCCAAGCUUGGAUCUCGGCACUGUUGAGUGCGACGAGCAGUCGAGUUGCUCUGCAGAUUCCACCUGCUGCCAUCUGUCCACGGGAGAAUGGGGCUGCUGCCCUCUUCCUGAGGCUGUUUGCUGCCCAGACCAGGAGCACUGCUGUCCCAAAGGCUACAGGUGUGACCUGCGUAGACGCUCCUGCAUAAAAACCACCUGGCUGCAUGUGGAAAUAGUCCCACUUGCCCACAUUGAUGACCAAAAGCCACAGUCGAGCAUCUCAGAAAAGGACAUUCAGUGUGGAGGUGGAUAUAGUUGCAAAGAUAGUGAGACCUGUUGUCCAACCUCCCAGACCACCUGGGGCUGUUGCCCAUCUCCAAAGGCCGAGUGCUGUGAUGAUAUGAAACACUGCUGCCCUGCUGGAUACAAAUGUGGCGCUGGUGGAACUUGUACUUCAGCCAUAGGCUUUGACUGGAACAACUGGGACAACUGGAGGGUGUUCUUCUCCAAAAAUAAACGAGCUAUUACUCUGUAAAAAAAACAACAACAACAAAAACACAAACACCUGGGUUAUUCCCACUCAGUCGCUUAAAUGGCCAACACUCCCUAAAGUGUCAGAUUUAUAAAAAUUAUACAUUUUAUCAAAGUACUAAUUAAAGCUAAUCAGACAGUUCACUGCAAAAGGUUGAUUGUAUUUGCAGUUUCAUUAGGGCUGACUAUGAUGGUUAAUAUCCGUUUCCAUUGUCUAUCAGUAAUACCAACUAAAUCUUAUCCACUGAGCCAUUUGUACAUUUUAAGAAUGGGUCAUUAUUGUAAAGUGUACAUUGUUCAUAGUUGUGCAUAGUUUCCAGUGUUUUGGUUACUGCUCAGUUUUAUCUGAAGAAUAAUUUGACUAUGGAAUGAUGGAAAGAUGUAACACAUAUUGAAGCAUAGAUGACCUCUAGUGGCUGGAUUUAAUUCAUUAAAACGUGGCAUGUACAAAUACAGCAGGCCUCAAAGGUUCACAGGUUACAUUUUAUCAGACUUGACAUCAUGCAGUCUUGGAAUUAUGACCGCAUUGCCCUGGAUAAGGAAACAUAUUAAAUUAAUCUUUUCAGAUAACAAACAUCACCUUUUCUGUGUAACUUCCUUAUUGCAGGUCUUGAUCUUUACCAUGAUUUGUAUAAUUGUCUUUUUUUAUUGAUUUAAAUGCUGGUUAUAAUGAUUGAGCAUUGUGACAGAUGACAAAAAGUUUUCUGAAGUAAAAAUGUGACCAAUCUGAAACCUUGUCAGCUCUAAAAGAGAAAUAAAAGCGAGAUAAAAG